AUGACAGGUGCGACGGACCCGGCAUCACGCGCCGCGGUGAACUGGCACCGCGCUGUCGAGUCGCUGCGCCAGGCGUCGGGCGAGACCCUCGGACCAUGCCCAGGCCCAGGCUCAGUGGCGGGUCACAGCAACAGCGGCGACCACAGCCUCACCCAUGCCCAAGGGCAAGUCCUCAAGGACACGGCCGUGUCUCGUGACUCGGUGUCUGCAGCAGAGGCGGCCGACCUGUUUGGUGCCAGCGCCGCCAACUCGGCGCCCAGCAUGAUCGACCGCAGAGCUGUUGACGGUCGCACGUGGUCGGCGUUCGCAAAGAACUGCCUGAGGCCGCAGGCGCUGGACGGGCUGAUGGACGGUGACGUGCGCGUGAGUGUGCUGGUUCGCAGCGCCCAUGGAGUGCCGGAGGAUUGCCGGACAUACGUCAAGGUGUCAUGCGGCGGGAAGACCCACAAGACGCCCUUCCUCACUGGGACGGUAUCACCUCAGUUUUCCCAGCUGUUCACAUUUGAUGUCAACGACCCAGACCAGGCGGCCCUGGUGCUCAAGGUCAAACAUGACAAGCCGUUCUCCCCCACCAACCCACCCCUGGGCCGUGCAACCCUGCCGUUGUCCAAGGUGUCGUCGAGGCCGGAGCUGUACGCGGAGCCGCAUCGCCUGUCGCUCAGCAUUGAGGGCCUAACGGCCAUGCCAGCUCCCCCUGGGGUGGUGCGGGAGCUGGAAGUGCAGGUGUUCCUGUCAUCUCGCAGCAGGCUGGCGGCGCUGGCUGGUACCACGGGCUCCCUCAACGUGCUGGCAGCCACCUGGAACGUGGGCAACGCGCUGCCCCCGCAUCCCGAGCAGCUGCGGGCGCUGUGGCUGCGCGGCACCGAGGGUGCGGGUGACCACCACCUCGUGGUCGUCAGCGCGCAGGAGUGCAGCUACCACAAGAGCUCCCGGCAAGCGCGCGCCAGCAGCAACAACAGCACCACGUUGGCACUUGCUCGCGAGGGCUCAACCCAGCCUGAAGCGGGCGCAGCAGAGAGCAGCGGCGGCGGCGGCGGCAGGGGCGGCGGCGAUGGCGGCAACAGCAGCGGCGAUGGCGGAGGAUGUGGAGACGGCGGCGGCGGCAGCGGCAGCGGUCCCGAUCGCAGCGGUGGGCUUGUGACGCUGAUGUCUGCUCCGUCCGUUGGGACGUCCCAGUCUGUUGCGGCGGCUGCGGCACAUCAGGCACUCGACACCACCUAUGAUGAGGACGACGACGAGACAGUUGUGGAGGAGGGUGACAUGACUGGGCUGGCACCUGCGAAUGGGAAAGAAGCUGCUAGGGCAAAGAUGAUGAGCAGCAGCAAGUCCCUCAGAGGCAUCAUAGCCAAGAACAUCGACUCAGCCAGUGCAUGGGAGGCUCACAUUUCUGAUGUCGUUGGUCCACGCUACUGGCUGGUCUGCUCUGAGCACAUGUUCCAGACGCGGCUGCUGCUCUUUGCACGCAUGGACGUCGUUCCCUUCAUCCAGGACCUGUGGAGCAGCUACGAGGCCACUGGGCUGGGCCGCAUCGGGCUCAACAAAGGCGGUGUUGGCAUCUCGCUGCGCAUUGGCGGGACACAGUUGGCGUUUGUGGGGUCCCACCUGGCUGCACACCAGUCGGAGUGCAAACGCCGCAAUCAGGACGUCGCAGAAAUCACCCAGGAGCUGUGCCCCCCUGGCUUUGGCCGCGCCAAUAUCGUGACGGGCCCCCACCAUAUAGUGUGGAUGGGAGAUCUUAACUACCGCGUAGAUUGGGGCCAGCAGGCCACCACACAGAGCGACACGCCCACCUCUGAGGACCAUGCAGCCAUGGUGGCGCUCGUGCAGGCUCAGGACUACGCGCCGCUCCUAGCAGGGGACCAGCUGGCGCGGGAGAUGCGGGGGGGCCGCGUGUUUCCCGGCUUCAAGGAGGCUCCAGUGUGCUUCCCGCCGACGUUCAAGGUGCUCAAGGGGGAGCCAGGCCUGGCCUAUGGUGCCAAGCGCUCCCCAGCAUGGUGCGACCGCGUCCUGGUGCGCAGCAACCUCCCCCACAAGGCGGCACAGCUUGGAGCCUAUUGGUGCUGCCCCGAAAUCACAACAUCGGACCACAAGCCCGUUGCUGCCACCAUGCAGCUUCCCCUGGUGGCUCCCCCCAUGUUGCCGGCGGAGCGGCCCAAGCCGUUUCAAUUGUAUCUCAGCAGCGUCCGGCUGGUGGGCGAGGACACCUGGAAGGGCCUUGUGCAGCUGAUUGACGACAGGCUGCUAUCACAGGGUGGAGACAAGUUGCGCCUCAUGGUGUCGGGCUCGGCCCUGCCAGGCAGCGACAGGGAGUACCAGGUCGCCCUGGACACAGCCCGCGUGCGCGCCGGGUGCGAAAUCCUGGCCACCAACCUGGUCAACAUCACAGGCAGGGCGCCGGCCACGACAACUGCUGGCGCAGAGGCAGCGGCCGAGCGCGAGGCCCUGCAGAAUUUAUCGCUGCUUCAAGGGGAGGCGUCCAUCCCGCUGACACCCACCAGCCUUGCCAUCGUACGCGACGCAAAGUGA